GCGGCGCGGGGCCGGACGGCGGCCGCGAGCGGAGCAUGCCGGACGCAGCCCGGGCGGUCGGGGGGCGCGCGACUCCGCGGCGGCUGCUGUCCCCCGCCCCGGGCCGGCCGCUGGCCGCGCUGCUGGCCGCCCUCCUGGCCGUGCUGCUGGGCGGUGUGGGCGCGCAGUACUCGAGCGACCUGUGCAGCUGGAAGGGGAGCGGGCUGACGCAUGAGCUGCACAGGAAGGAGGUGGAGCAGGUGUACCUGCGCUGCUCGGAGGGUACCGUGGAGUGGAUUUACCCAACUGGAGCGCUCACUGUGAACCUACGUCCCAACACCUUCCUGCCUGCCCGGCAGCUGGCCGUGUGCAUCAAACCCUACCGGGACUCUUCAGGAGCUAAUAUUUAUCUGCAAAAAACUGGAGAACUGAGAUUGCUGGUGCGGGACGGAGACCAGAGCCCCGGCCGGGUACAGUGCUUUGGCCUGGAGCGGGGUGGCCUGUUCGUGGAGGCAACUCCCCAGCAGGACAUUAGCAGGAGGACCACGGGCUUCCAGUAUGAACUGACCAGCAGACGCAGGGAGCUGGACCUAGACGCGCUGUCUGCGCCAUGCAGCCCCUGCAGCCACACCGAGGUGCUCCUGGCCGUGUGCACCAGUGACAUUGUCGUCCGAGGCUCCAUCGAGAACGUCACCCAUGAGCCGGAGCGGCAGGAGUCAGCCAUCCACCUGCAAGUGAGCCGGCUCUACCGGCAGAAGAGCAGGGUCUUCCAGCCAGUUCCUGAAGGCGGGGCCUGGCGGGGACGUGUGUGGACACUGCUGGAGUGUGGUGUGAGGCCAGGGCCUGGCGAUUUCCUCUUCACUGGCCACGUGCACUUUGGGGAGGCGCGGCUUGGCUGUGCCCCUCGCUUCCAGGACUUCCAGAGGAUGUAUCAGGAUGCCAAGGAGAGGGGUCUGAACCCCUGUGAGGUGGGCACUGAGUGACCUCGUUGGCCACGGCAUUGCCUUUCCCUCCCAAGGAACUGCUGCUGGCCACUUGGGAGGCGCGAGCUCCAGAGGGGCCACAUGCCGGGAGGACCUGGCCCAGUGUGCAGGCCCGGCCCAGAGCCCAGGCUGUGAGGUCCGGCAAAGGAGAGCCUGGGUGGCUGGAAGUGCAGUGGACCUGACCACGUUGCUGCUUCUGUGAGGAGGAGCCAGCCCGUGUGCUGGGAGCGGCCUGCAUCCUGGAUGUGGCACAGGGCCUUGCCUGGCUGCAGAGAGUCUGGGUGCUGCUUGGGGCUCACUGUCUUCAGGUGGAAACUAUGGAGUCCAACAUGUGUCCUUUCAUUCUGUUCUGGACUUUGGGUUCGGGUUCUCCAGUUAUGGCCCCUUUGGGGCUGCGGGUUGCUCCGUCCCAGAGAAUAAAGACCAGGAUC